AUGGCACCUUGGAUAUGAAUAUGUUUUAAAAUAUUUUUGAUGAAAAGAAAAUAGUCUUGUCCAUGUAUAUAAAUUCAAGAAAAUAAGAAUUGUGCCCACCCGGGGUGCUGUGGAGCUUAUCUAAUUCGGUUUGCCAAUGACGUCAGGGCUGGAGGUUGAACAACAAAAACUCAACUCAAAAAGCUUCCUGCUGCCGUGCUGUUUCAUGAGUAGAUACACAUCAUAACCGAGGACAACAAAGCGACAGCGAAUUCUGUUUGCUUGAUGAUAUGGUGGAUCGGUGCUUUAGGUACUGUACAGUGUUGACUCGCUGCUUAGUAACUCUACCAAGCUAACUAGUUAACGUGAGUUAGCAGCUAGCUACAUAAAGUACAUUGUUGAUUACUAACUAGUUACUGAUUACUGGCUACAUUCGUCGGUGCUGAACAUAGGAAGCUAAUGUUAGGCUAACUUCGUAGGUAGACAGCUAGUAGGCAGCAAAAGGACUGCGAGUGGGGGACCUUCACGGGUGCAUCCUUCAAUUCAGCGUGGUAAAUAGUGGCAAUAGUCGCCAAUGUCGCAAGGUAGUUUGCUACCUGGAGGAAGAAGCAGGGACAGUGGUGGCCUCACCACAUCCAGUCUUCCCUCCCCUGUUCCUCCUGUCCCAAUCCCCACCCUGGGCCCCUGCCCAACCCCCCCACCACGGAGAGCCAGAUUGAGGUACCCAGCCAUGGUCGAUGUGGGGAAGUGGCCCCUCUUCACCCUGCUGGGGGCCUCUGAAGUGGCCAGCAUCAGGCAGGCCUGUGUAUUCGGGACCUCGGCCAAUGAGGCCAUCUACAUCACACACGACGAUGAGGUCUUUGUGUUUGGGCUGAACUGCAGCAACUGCCUCGGGACAGGAGACAGCCAGAGCACAAUUGUCCCCAAGAAACUAGACUUUCUCCGAGGCAAGAAGGUGGUCAGUCUGAGCUAUGGCAGUGGGCCUCAUGUCUUACUGGUCACGGAAGAGGGAGAGUUGUUUGCCUGGGGGCACAAUGGCUACAGCCAGCUGGGCAAUGGGACCACCAACCAAGGAGUGGCUCCCAUCCUGGUUUCAACCAACCUGCAGAACAAGAAAAUAAGAGAGGUGGCCUGUGGGUCGCAUCACUCCCUGGCCCUGACACAUGACGGAGAGGUGUUUGCGUGGGGUUACAACAACUGUGGUCAGGUGGGUUCAGGCUCGACAGCCAACCAGCCAACCCCCCGCCGGGUCACCAACUGCCUGCAGGGCAAAGUGGUCAUGGGCAUCGCCUGUGGACAGACCUCCUCCAUGGCUGUGCUUGACAAUGGCGAGGUGUUUGGCUGGGGCUACAACGGGAACGGCCAGCUCGGAGUGGGUAACAACGGCAACCAGCUGACCCCUUGUCGCCUGGCGGCCCUCCAGGGCCGCUGCGUACUACAGAUAGCGUCGGGCUACGCCCACUCCCUGGCCCUGACAGACGAGGGCCUGCUGUACGCCUGGGGGGCCAACACCUAUGGACAGCUGGGAACGGGCAAUAAGAGCAACCAGCUGAGCCCAGUACAGAUCAUGACUGAGAAGGAGAGGAUAGUGGAGAUAGCAGCGUGCCACUCCACACACACCUCGGCCUGUAAGACCCAGAGCGGCCAGGUGUACAUGUGGGGCCAGUGUAGGGGCCAGUCCGUUGUCCUGCCCUUCCUCACGCACUUCUCCUCUACUGACGAUGUCUUCGGUUGCUUUGCCACGCCAUCUGUGAUGUGGAGGCUGCUGUCCAUGGAGCAUGAUGACUUCCUGACUGUGGCCCAGUCUCUGAGGAAAGAGUUUGACAGCCCGGAGACAGCCGAUCUGAAGUUCUGUGUGGACGGGAAAUACAUCCAUGUGCAUAAGGCGGUACUUAAGAUCAGGUGUGAACAUUUCCGCUCCAUGUUCCAGUCCCACUGGACGGAGGACAUGAAGGAGGUUAUAGAGAUCGACCAGUUCUCCUACCCAGUCUAUCGCUCCUUUCUGGAGUUCCUCUACACCGACAAUGUAGACCUGCCCCCAGAGGAUGCCAUUGGCCUGUUGGACCUGGCCACAUCCUACUGUGAGAACCGUCUGAAGAGAAUGUGUCAGCACAUAAUAAAGAGAGGCAUCACCGUGGAGAACGCCUUCUCUCUGCUCUCUGCCGCUGUGCGAUAUGAUGCUGAGGACUUGGAGGAGUUCUGCUUCAAGUUCUGUGUGAACCACCUGACGGCAGUGACUCAGACUGCAGCCUUCUGGCAGGUCGAUGGCAACAUGCUCAAAGAGUUUAUCUGCAGAGCCAGCCGCUGUGGAGCCUUCAAGAACUAACCACUAACAGGCCACAUAGGAAGGACAGAAUGAGCAAGAACUGGUUUCAUUCAAUACUACUUAGCUAGGCAUUAACUGGCGAGAUCAUGGAAAUGGCUAGAUAUGUAAUUCCAUAUUAGGAAUUUGUUGAAGACUUGUGGCAUGGAUAUGCAGUUAAAUAAGCCUGGUGGGGAAACCAGUUUCUGCGUAUUCCACAUUGGUAGGUGGCACUGUGGAGAGGAAUGAAUGGACCAUUGCCAGUCAAAACAGUGAUCAGAGGUCAUUGUCUGCCACUGCAUGUUUACAGUCCUGCUCAAUGGCAUGAAAGACUGCUGAGAGGUGGGUGUUGUGAAUCAAUUCGAUGGGAGGAUGAUCUAGCUUAAGGUGGCCCACAGGGUUGAAGAUCAUGUCAAAUCGGUCCCAAUACAACACAGGCAGUGCCUUUCAGGCAAUCACCAUUUUGAAGUAGUCGGUUUUCAUAUUUUAUUUAUUACUAAAUGCAAUAUAUGUGCAUUUUUCAUACUUUACCACACCCUGCAAUGCAGGACACUUACUGUGUGAUGAGUAUUCUGUGGCCGCUACGUAGCACCCAGUUUAUAGAAGACCGUGCUCUGAUUAUUGACACAUUGUUCCCUACCAAUAGGAAUUUCCACUUAAUUUACUACUAUACAUGGUGGAAACCCUCUAAAGCCAUAUUAAAAUGGGUUACAUAGAGCUUGAGACACUGUUACACUCAAUAAUUGUGAGUAGCCUGGAACUACAGUACUUAGGUGCCAAUACAAUUUAGUUGUGGUAAUAGAAUUGCAGUAAAUAUAUAGAAAGCAGUUUGACUGUUACAUUUUCUGUGCUAGCCAAUGCCAGUUAUAAAAAUUGUGUCAGUCGUAAAGAAAGUGCUAAAAUAUUGUUACCGUUUGAAAUUAUGGAAGUUAUAGAAGAAACAUUUAUUCUAUGUUUGGCGACAGCUCUCCAUCAUAACAGAUAAAGGCAGGUCAAACCCCUGAAUUUGACAUGGGUAUUUUACAGGGUUGAUGGUUUAUGGCCUGUGCAUAUGUUGAGUAACUAUGUUUUUAUGAAAAGGAUUUGUGUGCUGUAGUUUGAAAAAGCUGACCAGACCUAGUCAUGGAUUCAUUCUGGCACUAGAACACAAGAGACUUGAAUUGGUUAGGCUAUGUAAUGAAAACUAGUAGUAGACAUGUCUUGGUUUUCAAGAGAGAACCCUAAGUGGACCACAUGAAACAAGUUGCACUUUGCAUACCUUUUCUUUUGUUUUUUUUAUUGUUACAAAUAUAAUUUUGUUUUAUCAAAAAUGUUGUACUAUUACAAUUUGUUGAAUUGGAUCAAGCCCACCCCCCACUUCCAAAAACAUUGUGCUGCUUAGAAUGAUUAUCUUGAUGUUGGAAUGCUAUUCACUGCAUCAUUUAAGUGAGGAUGUGUACUGCAUUUCAAUUUCAUUAAUUCUUUGUUUUUGUAAAAAUUAUAUUUGGUUAUGUAUUUUGUUAUUUGCAGUUACAUUCUUUUUGAAUUUUUGCAAUCAAUUUAGUUUGGAAAAAAUAGCUUUUGUUGCCUCUGUUUUUGAAAGGUUUGUCAUCUUGCAAGACAUGAAGCAACCACUUUGAAAUAAACAAAUGCAUUAUUUUAUAAUGCUGGAUGAUGCAUUA